AUGGAUUCCGCCAGGAAGCUGCAGAAGUCAUCGUCCCAUGGGAACUCGGGGCGGAACCCGCGGGGCCGUCCCUCAACGCAUGUGGAGCAGAAUAGACAGUACGAAUUUCGACUCACGCGCGCAGAUGUGGAGGCGGCAUUUGCGUUUUUUGAUGUACAGAACAAAAAGGAUUUAAAACCACGCGACCUGAAGGCGCGCCUCACUGCCUUUUACCCUAACAUGACAAACAGGGAGCUGAAAUUCCUCCUGGAGUCUGCGGAUGGUAACUUUACGGUGGAGACGCUAUGGGGCAUCAUUGAUAACUACCAUGCGAUGUACACAUCAACAGUGACGGCGGAGAAUUUGACUUUUGAUCCUGUGAAGGAGGCGUUUAAAAUUUACGACCCGCAAGGUCGCGGUGUUGUGGAUGUGGAGGUGUUGGCGGAUAUCAUGAAGCGCAUUGGAUUGGGUGAGCUCUCGCAGGAGGAGUUAGAGCUGUUGAUCCAAACUGCCGACUUUGAUAAGGACGGGAAUAUCAGCCUUGAGGACUUCCGCAAUCUUUUGAAAAUCGGCAGGUAG